UUGCAGCCAGAGCUGUGAGUUUUGAGAGGAGCCUCUAAACACGCGCGUUCACACGCCGCGGAUCAUUCCGCGUCUCCAGGAGUUCCGUCUGGAACAAUUUUAAGUGAUAAGCCUGAAACGAGCCAGCCGGAUUUUUGGACCUUUGAAUGCACUUCCAAGAUCUUGAGAUGAUUGGACACAUCCUCACACUCCUGCUCUGUCUCGUGUGUCUGUGUUCGGCCCGUCCUCAGCCAGCACCUCAAGAGAUGGCAGUGAAGAUGAAGAAGAACCUGCCUGUAGCUGGCUCUCUAGCAGGCCAAGUGGUGCUACCGUGUCCCUUCUCCAUAAUGGAAGCCUACCCCAGCAGUUCCACACAGACUUCGAUACACAACCCUACACCUGCGCCUCUUCACAGUCCUGAUGAACAUCUCAGGAUCAAGUGGACAAAGCUGGACGGGCAGAUAGAGAAGGUGGUGCUGGUGGCCCAGGGGACGGUGGUGAAGGUGGGGCAGGAGUUCGAGAGCAGGGCGUCAGUGCUGGCUGGAGACGCCUCUCUGAUGAUAGAGAGGCUCAGGGCCAGCGAUGCUGGGUUAUACCGCUGCGAGGUGAUGCAUGGGAUGGAGGACACUCAGGGCACCAUCAGCCUCACUGUCAGCGGUGUGGUGUUCCACUACAGAGCUAACACCAGCCGCUACAGUCUGGACUUUCCUGAUGCUGUGGCAGCAUGCCACGCUGUAGACGCGUCCAUUGCUACACCUGAACAGCUGAUCGCUGCUUUUGAAGACGGCCUUGACCAGUGUGACGCAGGCUGGCUUGCAGACCUGUCAGUCAGAUAUCCAAUCACAGAGCACCGUCCAGGCUGUGCAGGUAAUCUGAUGAGCCGGCCAGGUGUGAGAACCUACGGCAUCCGUGACCCCACAGAGAAAUAUGACGUAUACUGCUACGCAGAUAAACUACAGGGUGAAGUCUUCUAUCCUCCCUCCAUCAGCAAUAAGCUCACCUGGCAGCAAGCAAGGGAAGAGUGCAAAAAGCAUGAUGCUGUGUUGGCAUCACCCGGUCAGCUGUUUGCAGCGUGGAGGGCAGGGCUAAACCGCUGCGACUAUGGCUGGCUGUCUGACGGCAGUGCCCGCUACCCCAUCACCAUCCCCCGGCCUCAGUGUGGAGGAGGCCUGCUGGGGGUCCGCACGCUUUACAAGUACGAAAACCAAACCGGUUACCCAGACCCCACUGACAGGCACGGAGCGUUCUGCUUCAAGGCUAAGCUACCAGAGCCUACUACCACGAGCUCCCAGAUGAUUCCAGAUGUGUACAAACCUGACACCCCCACGUACACGCCCCACACUCCACCACCCUUACAUCCAGAACGAGCUGAAAUCCAAGCAAAAGGACCAGAACCUGUUACAGAUUCAACAACCCAAAAAGAAGGAGACCAGGCAGGGUCAGACAGGGGUGAUGGCAGAAGGGAGGGAGAUGGCAGCGAUGACUACAAUGGUGGGGCUGAGGAAGAUGGAAUGACAACCCCGGAAAGCACAUCACAUGAUGUUCAGGGGAUCAGAACAUGGGUGGAAGCCUUACCAAUGGAAAUCCCUGGUACUGCAGAUCCUGUUCUUUUAGAGAGCUUUACACCAGAGCCAGGCAUCCCAGCUGGGACCACAGCAGAGGGGAAACAACCUGCAGUUAUCUUCAAAGAGGACCACACCAUCGGAGCGCCAACGGUAUUUGACCCGGAGAAAUCUCUGGCUCCUUCUGUAGGUGGGAAGGCAUCGCCCAAACCACCUUUCCACCUCAUCUUUGUCAAUGUGAAAAAACAGAAUCAGUCAGAGUCAGUGGAUCGUAUCCUGGAACUGUUGAACCAGCCUGUGGGCGGCUCUCAGUCGCUCGUUCCCCAGCUCACUGACGGUAAACAGAUAACCAGUGAAUUUGUCCGAGGCAGUGGGGACUCCACCUCCCUCGAGCCAUCUCCCAUUGAUCUCCCACCAAUGGUCAGCUUUGUCAAUGGAAAACAUGAGGUAACAUUGAAGCCACUGCAGCCAGAGGAGGCCAGAGGAGAUCAGUUUGAGGUGGCCACCCCUGGACAGGAGAGUGAAGAAGGCAUAAGCGUGACUCCCUUUGAUGACAGUGUCAUCGAAAUCCACACAGAGAUGAUGACAGAGGAAACCAGGGAUACAUUCAUUUAUUCUAAAGACUCAGAUGACGUUACGGUCUCAGGUGCAGACGUGAGUCCUUAUGUCUUUACAGACGCUGGGAGAAUCAAAACUCAAGAACCACGUCAAACAGCAACGACAACCACAAACCCAUACACUGUCGUGUCAGCAGCAUCUCAAAAGAUACUAAGUUCAGUCCUUCCUGAUGUCUCCACGCCUGUAACUGAUGUCGUCUUCACUGAUGAGGACAUGGAAAGCUCUGCAAGCCACUCCGCAGAUGACGAGGUUGGCACAAUGCAGGAGGCCUCUGCAGAUGGCGCUCUGCCCACCCCAGCUACAGGACACCAGCCAGACGUGAGGACCGAUGAGACAGAAAUUGGAGGGACAGAGCUUACGACUUUCUCCCCACACACAAAGCCACAGGAAACUACACAGGCUCAGACUGAGGACUAUGAAGGGUCUGUCUCUGGAGAAGAUGAGGCCUCAGGUCAAGAUGUAUACCCACCGGAGACACCCAGUCUUAGCACCAUGCUGCCACCAAUUUCACCUGCAGCAGGUACAGAAAUCACAGAUGUGCCUGUAGUUUCAUCAGGUGAUGAUGCCAUUACAGACACAGACUCUGGGGAGGGGGAAACUUCUGGGGUACAGGGUGGUCUGGGUGGCCUUUUCAGAGGUGUUACUGUUACCGUUUCACCAGCUGUGGCAGCCGUAACCUUUGGACAGCAAACCUCCACAGACAUAAAGGACACAACGCCAGAAAUGAGGACACUUAAGCCUUUCACACAUCCCUCCCUUGGAGAUAAGAGGCAUCCAGCUGCUACAGCCGAGCCCGCCUCUGCUUCCUCUGACAGCCAUACGGAGUUUGACAGAGAACAUGCUGAGCAGUCCACCACGAGCUCCGUGCAGAACGUAACCCAGACCACACUGUCCACUACUCCACCCUUUUAUACCUUUGACCAAAACAGAUCUGUCCCCCAGUGGGCUCUGAUCCCUGACCCAGCUGCCACUGCUUUGCCAGAGGAAACAUUUGUAGGUUAUGAUAAAGAGAUCGCCCGCGUUUUGGUGGAGUCCCGCCCUCAAACACCCGAACAGACAGUGUCCACAGUUCAACCAGACACCAGCUCGGACUCGGUUUAUUCGGUGGAGGCCAGCACUGUAAAUGUUAGAGAUCUCCUGCCAUGCUCAGCCAUGUGUCAGAACGGUGGCUCAUGCUACAAGAAAGGAACACAAAGUUUCUGUGCGUGUGCAGCUGGAUACACCGGGCAGCACUGUGAAACAGAUGUCGACGAGUGCCACUCUAACCCGUGUCUGAACGGAGCCACCUGUCUGGAUGGGGUCAACUCCUUCACCUGUCUCUGCCUCCCCAGCUACACAGGAGAGCUCUGCGAGCAAGACACUGAGACAUGUGGCUUUGGUUGGAAGAAGUUCCAGUCUCACUGCUACAGGUACUUCACACACCGUCGGACCUGGGACGCUGCAGAGAGGGAGUGUCGGCUACAUGGAGCUCACCUGGUCAGCAUUCUGUCACAUGAGGAGCAAAUCUUUGUCAACAAUCUAGGUAAUGACUACCAGUGGAUUGGCCUGAAUGACAAGAUGUUUGAGAGGGACUUCAGAUGGACUGAUGGCAGGCCAAUGCAAUAUGACCACUGGAGGCCGAACCAACCAGACAGCUUCUUCCAGUCAGGAGAGGACUGUGUGGUGAUGAUCUGGCAUGAGGGAGGACAGUGGAAUGAUGUGCCCUGCAACUAUCACCUGACCUUUACCUGCAAAAAGGGAACAGUGUCAUGUGGCCAGCCCCCUGUGGUGAAGGAUGCUCGAGUUUUUGGGGCCACAAAACGGCACUAUGAGAUCAACUCCCUGCUCCGCUAUCACUGCAAACAGGGCUUUAUUCAGAGAUGCAGCCCAACUAUACACUGCCAGGCCAACGGCCAGUGGGAAGUGCCCAGAGUAACCUGCACGAGCCCUGCAACCUACCACAAGUCACUUACUCAACGCCGCCACAACCAGAACGGGCACCAAAACAGGCAUUAUCACCAACACAUCCACCACACCAGAAGGCAGGAAGAACACAGACAAAACCAAGAGCAACAGCAGACUUAUAACAUGCUGCAGAGCAACUGGAGCCCGGUCCAGAGUCGAGAUGAGCAGCUGCUGAGGGAGAAGAGGCAACUGCAGGUCCAAACUCACGGCCGGGGUCAGAUGAGACAGUGAAUAGGGUUUGUAGUUUUGGAAAGCAGAUUUUUGGUGAUGACUAACCACAGCAGGCUAUCUACAGUAUGUAUGUCUAGAGGCAUCAAUAGACAGAGUGCUGUUGCACUGAAGUGUCUGUCAGUGCCUCUCAGAUGGGCGAGGGAGGUGUUUUAUCAGUACGUUGUCCACAAACAGUCCAGGAUCCGACAUUAGGGACAGUUUAGUUUCAUAUGUAAAGUUCACUCAUCGACCAACAACUUCCCUACAACAUCAUGGUGCUCAGAUUUUUGAUAUGCUUCCUUUUUACGGUUUCAAACAGCAGCUGGUGCCAUUAUUCACAUACGCGUAGAUGUUGUGUCUGUUUUCAGGAUGUGCACAACCGUGUCUCCUAAGGAGGUAGCCCUAAAAGCAAGCCUAUCAGUCACACCACGGGAGGACUGCUGUCUUUCACUCUUCACUGUGUUGUGCACUUAACACUUGAACACCACAGGUGUUCGGUGUAACGUGAGCCUUCAGUCCAGUGCCUUCUGUGACACUUACGACGCUGCCCUGCAGAGAGUUUUGCUUAAAAAAAUAGGUUUAUAUUCACUUCUUUGUGUUUUAACCACGGUACACUUUGUGUAGUUAACUUUAUAGGCCAUGCUGAAUGACAAAUGUUUGCUCUUUAAUAAACUUUUAUAAAGAAAA